GCCACAAAAACGGCACAAUUACAGAGCGGGCUUUCCCUGCAAGGAAGGGAUUCUACACACGAUCGUGGAAUGUGUCCUAAACUUACAAUAAGACAAAAGCUGAGUUCACGAGUUUUCAGAGAUAAAGGUGAAGGUUUUUCAUUGAACAGGUACGUUGGAUCAGAUAUAUGCGGUUUUAAUGGCGAAACAAAUGAGGAGCUUUGUCUACGAUGGCAACAAAUGGGAGCUUUUCAUUCAUUCAUGAGGAAUCAUAACACAGAAGGAGCAUCACCGCAAGAUCCAGCUCGAUGGCCAAGCGUGGCAGCUGCGACACAAAAAGCAAACUUUUUCCGGUAUAAGUACCUGCCAUAUCUAUUCAGUUUACACUUUGCUGCUUCACUAAGUGGUGGAACUGUCGUGCGCCCGCUCUUUUACGAGUUCCCCACAGACUUGGAAACACACGACUUGGGACAUCAGUUUCUGUGGGGAAGUUCGAUGCUCAUUGCUCCCGUUGUCUAUCAGGGUGCAACAUCAGUGAACGUGUAUCUGCCUGAAGACGACUGGUUCUCUUUAUUCGAUUAUGAAUUAUGGUCAACUAAUGCAACAUGGCUAUCAAGAGUAUCCCGCUCCGUGGACAUCCCAGAUUCCAACCUUCGUGGAUCUAUCCUACCACGCCAAGCUCCCAACGUAACCACAUCUGCCUCUCGACAAAAUGGCUUCGAGCUACUGGUGGCUCCCAGCGCAUCAGGGGAAAUCUCUGCUAAUGGAUUCCUGUAUUGGGAUGACGGUGAAAGCAUCAUCGAGUCUUUUGAUGCACACGAUUACUACCACUGGACUUUCAAAUACUAUUCAGACAGCCAAAACGGAUACCUCUCCAUUAAAACGGAACGCCAAUCAAAUUCACUGGCUGUUCCCACGAUUGACACAGUGGAAAUUUUCAACUACAGGUUUUAUCCAGAUUUCUCAAGUUUCACUUUGAAUGGGAAAAAGGUGAACAUCAAUGUCCAAACAUCGAGUUACAAUCCUUACAAGAGCAUUUUGUACGUCUCCACGAAGAAUCUCAUUGAUAUAUCCGGAGAAGGGUUCGCAAACCUCUCCUGGAAGCAUUCAGCUGGUGACAGCGACGUAUGGUCCAACGGAAUCGAAAUUGAUGAGAAAAGAAAUUGGCGAACGAGAUCUGAUUUAUUCAUUUGA